GAAACUGCUAUCUGCUUGUUUUGCGUGUUGCGGCGUGCAUUAAAUUAGUUUAUUAAUUUUGUAUUACAUCUGGCAACGCUCGCUAAAACUAAAAUGGCAUUCCAAUUGCCAACGACAACAACGGCAGCCAGCGCAACUGGCUUCUCAUUUGGCCUGAACACCGCACCAGCCACAGCAAAUCCCGGCGCCGCUGUUCCCGCCAAACCCACUUUCUCAUUUGCCGCACCAGCUGCCGCAGCAGCUCCCACUUUGGGCGGUGGCGAUGCGGACAGUGUGAAGACGGCUCCGCCACCAUUCACCGGCUUCGGCUCGCCAGCAGCGGCAUCAGCAGCAACGGCGCCAUUAACUGGCCUUGGAACCGGUCUCGGAGGAACUGCAUCAAACUUUGCAGUAGCAGCAACAUCUGCACCCGCUCACACACCACAAAUGAACUUUGCAUUGCCAGUUGGUGGAUUUAUGUCACAGCCGGUGACAACAGCAACGACAGCAGUUGUCGCAUCCUCUGCUGCUGCUGGUGCUGCUCCUGCACCCACAGCAAAUCCACUCAUUGGCGGCAUCUCGAUGGCAGCCAAAAGCACUUCAUCUGUGGCGCCCGUUUCAGCCGCUGUGGCGCCGCUUGUCAGCAGCGCAGCAGCUGCCCCGGUGGGUGGUGGCACUUUUGCCAACCUGAGCACGGCGACAAAGACCACCGAUUCUGCUGCAGUGUUAAAUGCAUCGCAAUUGACAUACAAUCAGCUGGAGGAGCACAUUAACAAAUGGACGCUGGAGUUUGAGGAGCAAGAAAAGGUCUUCACCGAGCAGGCGACACAGAUAAAUGCUUGGGACAAGCUGCUCAUUGGCAACAAUCAGAAGAUCAUCGAAUUGAACGAUGCCGUCCAAAAGGUGAAGAACGAUCAACAGGUGCUCGACCAGGAGCUGGAAUUCAUUGCCACGCAGCACAAGGAGUUGGAGGAGAGUCUGCUGCCGUUGGAGAAGGAGUUCACCAAUCUGCCGCGCGUUGAUCAGGAGCGCAGUCAGACUUACCUGAUGGUCGAGAAUCUGGAUACACAGCUGAAGCAAAUGUCCGAGGACCUCAAGGAGGUCAUCGACAAUCUGAAUGAGGCCAACAAGGGACAGGACAGCACCGAUCCCAUCAUCCAAAUUGGCAAGAUACUCAACGCCCACAUGAACUCGCUGCAAUGGGUCGAGUCGCAAUCGAAGGACAUCUGCAAGAAACUUGACGACAUUGCCAAAAUACACGAGACCCAAAAACGCGACAUCUUUCGCGCCCCUUAUUAAGGAUCAAAAUAUUUAAAAGAAGUUAAAUUAAUUCUUGAAUAAAACCUAUUUUUCUAUUUGUAA